GGCUCCGUUCGCCAUCCUCCGCUGUCGGAGAUGGAGGAGCGGUCGUCCAUCGCGAAGCAAGCAACCAACCACGAACGAACGCCCCCUACCAAAGCGAGCUUCUCUCUGAACUCGGCUUAUCGGGUUCGCUCGGGUUCUGGGUUGGGUAGGGUCAGGCUACGAACCAUUGGUUUGGGUGGGACCGUGGGAGGAAUAACCGCUGGAACCGCCCCCAAGGAUUUGAACGCCCUCCCACCAGUUUAUUAUUCGACUCUGGGACGGACAAACCACCUUCUCCAUGGACGCCUCCAUGAACACCACCACCACUCGCUGCUAUCCCCAACCACAACCCCACCAUGAUAUCUUCUCUCCUCUUCCUCGUCCUCCCCCAACCUUGGCCGCCGCUAAUAGCGGCGCUCCACCGCUCCUCCUCCUCCACUGGCCCGAUGGAAGUUUGAACCUCCCCCUCCCUCCACCAGACUCCGUCUCCUACCCUCCCACCACCACCACCCCAAAGAAGCGGAAACCCCCUCCAAGGAAACUGGACGCCGCCUCCACCUCCACCGCCACCCCGCCCUGCACCGAGUGUGGCAAGCUCUUUUCCUCAUGGAAGGCUCUCUUUGGCCACAUGCGCUGCCACCCCGAGCGCCAGUGGCGCGGCAUCAAACCCCCACCCCAUUUCCACCGCUCCUCCUCCCCCCGGGCCACCCAAUUCUCCGAUGAGGAGUACCAAGUCGCCUCCAGCCUCAUCAUGCUAGCCAACGGUCCCCCAAGCGAUAGCAGCAGCGUCGAUCUGACCGUCCAUAGCAAGGCGGUGUUCGGGUGGCUGCAGCACGGAGCCAGGCACAAGAACACAAGGAGCAAAGGAGAGGAACAGGUGGUUGGUUGUGAGGUUAGUAGAAAGAGAGCAUGGUUGGAUAGUGAGGCAUCAGGAUCUGCUCAUAAAUGUAACCUCUGCUACAAGGGUUUCUCUAGUGGGCAGGCUCUUGGAGGGCAUAAGAGGUGCCACCUGGAGAGAGGAGAACCCCAAAUAAGGAGUUCUUCGCCGGCCAAAAACUAUGUUUUGGACCUCAACUUGCCACCACCAAUGGAGAGCAAUGAGAACAGUCCAAGACCUGUUCUGGAUUUAAGGCUGAGGAUUUGAGGGGAUAAUAUAUAUUGUGGCAACGUAGGUAUAUGUUAUACUUUUCUGUCAUUUAAAUUGGAAUCUGAUUUGUAUCUGAACAUCGAUGUUCUACAAAGUGGGACAUGGAUGGAGAAUGUUCAAGGUUGUGUUCUGAUUAUAUAUAUAUUUUUUUCUU